AUGCCGCACCUCGUCUCCAGCUUCCUGCGCUCGUCGACAAACUCCAUCCCCCACAUCAAGGCCGUCUCGCGCUCCCGCAACACCUCACGCAGCACCUCGCGCAGCGCCUCCCGCAACACCAGCCCGCACGCCUCGGACAGCGACGACCGCCAUGCCGUCAAGAUGCCCGACCUCGCCGAAGCCAUCCGCAAGCACCACCGCCUGUCGCUGCACUUUGGCCGCUCCGCCUCCAAGGAGCGCCACCAGCACGUCCCCUACUCCCCUGUCGUGAUUGACUGGAGCGUCGAGAGCCCGCCCGUCGUCUUCCACGGCAACGCCGAGGACAGCACCGGCGCCCUCGUCUCGGGGCAGCUGUACCUCGACAUCAAGGAGGACCUGGUCGACGUCGAGAGCUUCGAGGCCAGCCUCAACCUCAUCGUCACCCACAAGCGGCCCUUCCAGAACAACUGCAGCGAGUGCCAGACGCAGUCGACCGAGGUCGAGAAGCUCAAGCUGCUGGCGCACCCCGUGCCCCUGCGCAAGGGCAAGCACCAGUUCCCCUUCUCCAUCUUGCUGCCGGGCCACCUGCCGGCCUCCAUGGACACGCCCGUCGUCUCCAUUGCCUACGUCCUCAGCGCCGAGGCCCAGUUCCUGACGGCGCCCACCGCCCCCGAGGGCUUCAGCACCAUCUCGUCGGCCAAGUUCGAGCGCAUCAUCGACGUCAAGCGGACGCUGCCCGAGCCGCUGUACCCGCACAACUCGGUCCGCGUCUUCCCCCCGACCAACAUCAAGGCCGCCGCCAGCUAUGUUUCCGUCGUCCACCCGACGGGCAACAACAAGAUGACGCUCAAGCUCGACGGGCUCAUGACGCACAACGAGCGCGUCAAGACGGUCGACCUGUGGAAGCUCAAGAAGCUGACGUGGAAGCUCGAGGAGACGAUCAAGACGGUCGCGCCCGCCUGCGAGCGGCACAACCCGGGGCUCGCCGAGUCCGCCACCAAGGGCCUGCCGCGCAGCGAGACGCGUGUCGUGGGCGAGCAGACGCUCAACCAGGGCUGGAAGUCGGACUACUCGGGCACCGACGGCAUCGUCGACAUGGAGUUUGAGUUUUGCGUCAACCAGCUCAAGCCGCACUCCAACGCGCUCAAGUACGCCUGCGACAUGAAGACGCCCGACGGCACCGAGGUGACGCACUCGCUGCUGCUCGAGCUGGUCGUGUCCAAGGAGUAUGCGCAGGAGGGCCGCACAAACGUCUCGCACCAGACGGGCACCGGCCGCAUCCUGCGCAUGCACUUUGCCGUUGUCCUGACGGACAAUGGCGGCCUGAGCGUCAGCUGGGACAACGAGGCGCCUCCCGUCUACCAGGACGUGCCUCCCAGCCCUCCGGAAUACGCAGAGGACGAGAUGUCGCCGACGCCGCCCAUUGAGUACUACGAUCUCGAGGAGUUGGUUGCCGCGAGAGCAACAGCGCCCAACAGCCGAAGGGGCAGCCAAGAAUUAUCAUGA